CAUUGUUUUUUUCUUACAAGCACAACAACAAAUCGCAAUACAAGAAAAAUUAAAUUUAAUUAAAUUAUAGGAGAAAAAAAUUAAAUAUUGAACAACAAUAAAAUUUAAAGAAAAAUAUCAAAUGUACUCGGCUUGCAGUGUCCCCCUAAACUAAAGAGAAGGCCCGAAGACGCAUGAAGGAGGCGUACUCACGCGAGAAAUUCCCUUAAAUUUUUGAAAUUUCUGGAAAAACAAGUAUUUGGACAAAAAGUUAGAGGUCUCGAAAUAUGAUGGUUGAAUCCGACGGAACAACAACUACCGAUGCUACUCGUCGCCUGAACGUGAAGAAACAAACAUUGGACGAUGCAUAUGCUGUCCCUGCGAAUUUCCUGGAGAUCGAUGUGGUCAAUCCACAGACUUCCAUGACGGCGGGUAAAAAACGCUACACCGAUUAUGAAGUCAAAAUGAGGACAAAUCUUCCUGUUUUCAAAGUAAAAGACUCAAGUGUACGACGACGUUAUAGUGAUUUCGAAUGGUUAAGAAAUGAACUGGAACGUGAUAGCAAGAUUGUGGUGCCACCAUUACCUGGUAAAGCCUGGAAACGGCAAAUGCCAUUCCGCAACGAUGAAGGGAUUUUCGAUGAAAAUUUCAUUGAGGAACGACGCAAAGGCUUGGAGGCAUUUAUAAAUAAAAUCGCCGGUCAUCCACUAGCCCAAAACGAACGGUGUCUACAUAUGUUUCUACAAGAGAAUAUAAUCGAUAAAAAUUAUGUUCCCGGCAAAAUACGUAACACCUAAAAGGCUUCAUGGAUGAUAACGAACAAAAGUGAAAAAAUAAUAAUAAUAAAAUUUAAAUAGAAAACAACUUUACAAUAAACUAGCAAAAAAUAAAAUGUUAUGUUUUUAAGAAGAGAAAAAUAUUAACAGAAGAGAAGGAAGGAGAUGCUUUAUGUUUUUUGGUGAAGUCAUCGAUCUUAAUCGCGCUCAGCUGCAAUGGUGUAUCAUUUACGGAAUUAAGAGAUGGAACAAUGAUAAAAAUUAAAGAACUACAUUAUUUCUUUAUUGUCUCUUUAAUUUAAGAUAUUCUAUUCUACAUUUUAUAUAUUUUCGAAUUCCAAUGUUAUUAAAAAAAAACAAAGAACAAGAAUCUAAUUGUAACUGUCUUAAAAUAUUAUUAUUACAAAAUAUACAACAAAUUAUAAGAUAUGGUUUUCAAAAUA